CGAGGAGGCUCGGAUGUUUCCGUAAGGGCCUCGGGCUGGGGGCUAACGAGUGCGUCGGGCUCUUCGGCUGGGUAUUCACAGAAGGUGCUUACGGCCGUUCCGCAGCGUAGGGCGGCGACGGGCAUAGGCGGCUGCGCGGCUCUAGCGCACACACAGAGCGCAGCAGCAGGAGCCCGGCACGCAGCGGAGGCAGCAGCGGGGACAAAGGGACUGAUCGUCAGAAACGGGGAGGGGGGCCCGGCGGGAGGCAGCCGGCGCCGGGAGGGAGCGGCAGGAGGCUUCAGCCGGGCGCACUAGCCCCAUGUGCCUUGGGUGCUCGGGGAAGCAGCAGCAGCAGCAGCAAGCGCCGCCGCUAGCGCUCUGAAGCCGGCUGGGGAGAAGCCACAGAGUCGACGUCGCCGCCGUCAUGGCCUGCGCCGCCGCUGCCGGCCGCCGCCUGGUUUGCAGUCUCUCCAGCCUGAGCAGCCGCCAGCUGCCCCUGCGGGAGCAAUGAGGAUCCGCGCCGGAGCCGCCGCCUUAGCGCCGCACUGAGGAGCCUUAUCUAGCGACCCAGCGAGGCCGCCCGGGCCGCUUCACCCCUACUCCGCCCGCCGCGGAUCCCACCGCCCCUGCCGGAUCCCGUUGCGAGCGGCCGUCUCACCUCCUGUCGGAGGAUUCGGGAGCCCCUAGAUCCCUCCGCCAGGGGAGAAAAAAAUAGUCCCGUUCCCUGCCGCCUCCCUCAGAGGCGAGGGGGAAGGCGAGGAGAGGGCAGGGGGAAGAAAGAGGAGGAGGAAGAAAAAAAUAAAAAAAUAAGAAAAAGGAAAAAAAAGAAAAAAAAAAAGAUAUACCCGGCGGCGGAAUCGGAGGAGCCGGGCCGUGAGCCGCCGCCCCAUGUGACUGGCGCCCAGGGUGGGGGCAGCGAGGCCUAGCAAACCCCCCUCGCUCGCGGCCGGGAGCGGGAGCGGCGCCGGGGGGGCUGCGGACUGGGCGGAGGCAGCUCUCGGACCCACCGGCGCUGCCGGGAAGGAUGGUUUUGUGAGAAACGGGCGACGCGAGGAGGAGGAGGAAGAAGAAGAAGGAAAAGAAGAAGGAGCCGGGCGAAGAGCUCGACAGAGACCAAGAGGGGAAGGGGCUUCCCCGGGGGGGGGGAAGGGGGGGGCCCGGCGUUUCAUGUGGCGCGUCCCACUCGUCUCCUCCAGCUGAGCGAGCGAGGGAGCUUCAGGCGGGCCCGCCGGGGCGAGGCGGAGGGGGAAGGCAGGAAAAGAGAGGUGAUCGGGGCAGAGCAGGAACGGGAGACCAUGUCCGGGCGGCCCAGGACCACCUCCUUCGCGGAGAGCUGCAAGCCGGUGCAGCAGCCCUCGGCCUUCGGCAGCAUGAAAGUUAGCCGAGACAAAGAUGGCAGCAAAGUGACUACAGUAGUGGCAACUCCUGGACAAGGUCCGGACCGACCACAAGAAGUAAGCUACACAGACACCAAGGUGAUUGGGAAUGGAUCUUUUGGUGUUGUGUAUCAAGCCAAACUCUGCGAUUCAGGAGAGCUUGUGGCCAUUAAGAAAGUCCUGCAAGAUAAAAGAUUUAAGAACCGAGAGCUCCAGAUUAUGAGAAAGUUGGAUCAUUGUAACAUUGUUCGAUUGCGUUAUUUCUUCUACUCUAGUGGAGAGAAGAAAGAUGAGGUGUACCUCAACUUGGUGCUUGACUAUGUUCCUGAAACAGUAUACAGAGUUGCCAGACAUUAUAGUCGGGCCAAACAGACACUCCCUAUGAUUUAUGUCAAGUUGUACAUGUAUCAGCUGUUCCGGAGUUUAGCCUAUAUCCAUUCCUUUGGGAUCUGCCACCGGGAUAUAAAACCACAGAACCUCUUGCUGGACCCUGAUACAGCUGUUCUAAAACUCUGUGACUUCGGAAGUGCAAAACAGCUGGUUCGUGGAGAACCUAAUGUCUCAUACAUCUGCUCUCGGUACUACAGGGCACCAGAGUUGAUCUUUGGAGCCACCGAUUAUACCUCCAGUAUAGAUGUGUGGUCAGCAGGCUGUGUAUUGGCAGAACUGUUACUAGGGCAACCGAUCUUUCCAGGUGACAGUGGUGUGGAUCAGUUGGUGGAAAUAAUCAAGGUUCUGGGAACGCCUACAAGGGAGCAAAUUAGAGAAAUGAAUCCAAACUAUACUGAAUUCAAAUUCCCUCAGAUUAAGGCACAUCCAUGGACUAAGGUCUUCCGGCCCCGCACUCCACCAGAAGCGAUCGCGCUAUGUAGCCGCCUGUUGGAGUACACCCCCACUGCCCGCCUGACUCCCCUGGAGGCCUGUGCACACUCUUUCUUCGAUGAACUACGGGACCCAAAUGUCAAGUUACCAAAUGGGCGAGAUAAACCUGCACUCUUCAAUUUCACCACUCAAGAACUGUCAAGUAACCCAUCUCUGGCUUCGAUCCUCAUCCCUGCUCAUGCCCGGAACCAAGCAGCUGCUUCAACCCCUACAAAUGCUACAGCAGCCUCAGAUGUUAAUGCAGGAGAACGAGUUCAGACCAAUAGUGUAGCUACAGCAUCAGCCUCCAACUCCACCUGAACCGGUACCAAGCAGCCAGCUGCACAGGAAAAAUCACCAGUAAUUUGAGUCUUGCUCAGCAACACUGGUCACAUUUGGAAAGAAAAUUUAAAAGAGGAAAAAAAAACAAAACAAAAAAAAACAAAAAACAAACAAAAAAAAACAACCAACCAACCAACCUGUUCAUUUUAGUGUUCAAUUUUUUAUUAUUAUUAUUGUUGUUCUUAUUUAACCUUGUAAAAUAGCUAUAAAUACAAACCAGUUUCAUUGUAUUUUCACUCUGCAGGGUGUCCGGGGCAGGGGACUAGGUGGGGGGAGGAGGGAAAGCGGAGCAAUACAACAUACCAGUGUGUCUCCCCUCGACAAUCUCUUCAUGUUGGAAGUUUGCUGUUGUGUAUUUCAGAACCAGGACUCUUGCCUCAUGCCCCCUCCCACAAUACAGAAAGAAGGAAAAAAAAAAGAAACCUAAACUAAAAAAAAAAACCCAAAC